UCCCCCGUCCCUAAGCUGCACAGCUCCUUACAACCCCUCUGAGCCAGCCUGACAGAGAGAGCGCGUGUGUGUGUGUGUGUGUGUGGGACAGAGAGGCAGCCAAGAUGAGAGUGUGAAGCAGUGAGAGGGAAAACCUAGAAAGAACAGCAAAGGCGAUCAAACACUAGGGUAAGGGAGACGGGGAAGCAAAGAGCCAGAGCAGAGAGGAGGACAGAGAAGACAAGACAGGGGGAGAGGGGAGGGAGAGUGUAACGUAUGACUGUACUAUGUUUGAUUUGUCCUGGUGCAAAAGUCAAGAGAUGCAUUGAAUAGAUGACCAGCCACUACACACACCAGCAUCCUGUCCUGGACCCUUGACAGGAGGGGAGAAGAACAUCACAAACACUCAAAGGCAAAACACACUCUUCAAGCAGUCCCACAUCCACUGGAUCAUGUCGUCAACUGGGUCGACAAACCACAAAAUGCGUCUGGCAUCAGAGACAGACAACUCUCAGAGGCUGCUGGACAAUGAUUCAUCACAGCACCUGAAGUCGAGGGAGAGACAGCGCUUUUUUGAGGAGGUCUAUCAGCAUGAUUUGGAAAACUAUCUGCCUUCUUCUCACCUGCAGAUCGACUGCAGGAAACCCCCCAUGGGAAGUAUCUCCUCUAUGGAGGUGAACGUGGAUGUUCUGGAGCAGAUGGACCUGAUGGACAUCUCUGACCAGGAAGCACUCGAUGUUUUCCUAAAUUCCGGCUCCAGUGCAGAUGAAGGACAGCUGGCAUCUCCAUUACCAGAGGGUGAAGAAGAAGAAGAAGAAGAAGACGAAGAGGAGGAGGACGAUGAAGAUGCAGAGGUCGUCUACAGGGAGCGGGCGACUUUAAAACGGCAACAGGAAGUGCAACGCAGCUCUAAAUCACGCAUGUCCUCCACAUCAUCUGGCUCCUGCGAUACCAGCGAGGGUGGAGCCGACACACCCGUGAUCCAGUCCGAUGAUGAAGAAGUUCAUGCCGACACUUUGCUGCUCACAUCUGUUCCUCACACCAGGGAUGAAGAAACAGAGGAGGAAGACGAAGAGGAAAGAUGCCGCGGAACAAAAUCUUCCUAAAGACUGAACUUGACUCUAUUUAGAUACACGGAAUCUAUCUCUCUGCCACUCUGAAGUCCCCUUUUAAGGAGGAAAUCCUAGCUUGGCAGACCCGGCCAUGAUUUGCUGUCUUUAUGAAUGUUUUCCUGAGUACAUCUUUCCUAAUUAAAGUACGUUCCUACUAAAGUACUCUAUUUGAUGUGACUGUUGAAUAUCUUGGCAAUGAUGACAUUCAUGAGCAAACUAGACGAGUCAUCCCUCUCACAUUCACUUACCUUUAAUGGUUAAAAUAAUAAAAUAGAAUAACUGUCAGCUCAAGUUUUUGUCGUCCUACCGCCUGAGGGAAACCCCUUUCAUGCCCAUUGUGCACUUGAAAGCACAGGCUAUUUGAAGACUGCAGUGCAUCUCCUCUUUACUCAAGUAGAAGGACAGAACCAGGCAAAGCCACAUCGAGUGAAAUGUGGAUAAAGGAAUUCAAAUGCAUAUAACUGCAUCUAAAGUCUUAGUACCUUGGAUGCUGCUCGUCUUAUAUGGCACUGAGAUUAAAUAGCAUCCCCUUAUGAAUACAACACCUGCUCUAUGGUAUUGAAAAUGGCUUUGGAUUGAGACUGAGUUCACUAGCAAGGACCACGCCACAACAGAUCCAAAGGCUCAAAGAUACCGUAACUGCUGGAAUUAUGCAUCCUAUUGUGUUUCCAGUGGAUCUCCAUGAGGCGAGCUUUAUUUUGUUGACAAAAUGUAGCGUAUCAUGACUUUACCGCCGCGUGCAUGUGCGACUCUUUACAGUGUCAUGAAUGGAACUGUGUCUGUAAAUGCAUGCCAUUUUGUUCCUGUUUGUCAGUGACUCAUUUAUUCGUUUUUCAGUUGGGUUGCUUCAAAGCGAUACUUGACUGAACUAUGCAGGUGGCCCAUGGACUUGAUGCCAAGUUUCACCUAUAGUACAUGUGACAGGAGUUGAAUAAGGGUUCACCUGAUCAGCUGAAAUGAUUUAUAUGUUUCUUCUGUGUGUGUCUAAGUGUUUGUUCGGAUGAUUAACGAUAUGGGUGUGCGUAUACAAGGGUGGGGAUGGUAAACAAUAAAAUAUGUAUUAAUAGUUGAGCCAACUGCAUCGUUCAAAACAACCUUUUCAUGGUGUUCAACGCUUCCCGUAUCUGUAAAGCUCAUGAGAAAUGGAAUUAAAAUGUAACAGGAGUCAUUACAGUUGGGUUAA